AUGUUAACUAAACAUAUUCAUGUUUCUGUGUGUACAUUAAAUAAUUGGGCUUUAGAUUUUGAUGGUAAUGUUAAAAGAAUCAUCCAAUCUUGUAAAGAGGCUCAUGAAAGAGGAGCAAAGAUUCGUGUUGGUCCUGAACUUGAGAUAACAGGUUAUAGUUGUUUGGAUCACUUUAAUGAAGCAGACACUGAAGCUUUUGCAUGGGACAGUUUAAAAAGAAUUGUUGAAGCUUCAUUUAAUAUGAGAAGUCUUUUGAUUAUAACUUCAAUGCCAAUAAGAUAUAAAUUAUCAUUGUAUAAUUGUGCUAUAGCUGUUAAUAAUGGAAAGAUUAUUUUUAUUAGACCAAAACAAAGUUUGUGUGAUGAUGGAGUUUAUAGAGAGGGAAGAUAUUUUAAUAGUUGGAAAAAACCAGGAGAAUAUAUAACAUUUGAAAUACCUACUGAAUAUUGCUUUACUCAAACUUCUGUUCCUUUUGGAGAUGGAAUUUUAAAAUCUGAAGAUGGAGUUACUGUUGGUUUUGAAAUUUGUGAAGAGUUAUGGACCUGUCAAUCACCUCAUAAAAUAUUGACUUUGGAAAACGUUGAUAUAAUUUGUAAUCCAUCUGCAUCUCAUCAUGUUUUGUCAAAGUCAUCACAUCGGUUAAAUCAACUUUUACUUGGAACUACAUCAAAACUUGGAGGAAUAUAUUUAUAUAGUAAUUUCAGAGGUUGUGAUGGAGAAAGAGUAUUUUUUGAUGGAAUGUCUAGUAUAGCACAAAAUGGAAAACUUUUUUGCCAAAUUGAUCAAUUUUUAAUAGAAGAUGUUGAGGUUGCUGAUGCUGUUAUUGAUUUAGAGGAUUCAAGAAAUUAUAGACAAGGAAUUUCUUCAAAUAGAAAUGAUUCAUCAUUUCACAUAAAAAAUUCAUACAUUCACUUACCUGUAAAAUUAUUAGAUGGAAGUGAAAAAGAAUUAAGUGAACCAAUAGAGCCUAAAAUUUUAAGUGAAAUGGAAGAAUUAUCUUUUGGUCCACCAACAUAUUUAUGGCAUUAUUUAAGAAGAAGUAAACAAGCAGGGUAUUUUGUACCAUUAUCAGGUGGUAUGGAUAGUGCUACAGUUGCUACAAUGGUUAGAUUAAUGUGUGAACAUGUUGUUGAUUGUAGAAAAAAAUAUAUAGAAAAAUAUGGACCUAAUAAAUCUGAUCCGGCACACUUUUAUUUAGGUGAAAUUAUUAAUUGUACAGGAAGAGAACUUUGUGGAAAAAUUUUAUUUACAUGUUAUAUGGGAUCAGAAAAUUCUUCUACUUUUACUAAAGAAUGUGCUCUAUCAUUAGCUAAAGAUUUAGGAUCAAAACAUUCCAGUAUUUUAAUUGAUACAAUUGUCAGUGCUUGUCUUAAUGUAUUUAAUACAGUAUAUAACUUUAUACCUUCUUUUAAAAAUAGUGAUAAUAGAGAAACAAUGGCACUUCAAAAUAUUCAAGCACGUGUUAGAAUGGUUUUAGCAUACCUAUUUGCUCAAUUAUCUUUAGUUGGAGAAAAAAGACCUGGAAAUUUAUUAGUUCUUGGUUCUGCUAAUGUUGAUGAAAGUUUGAUAGGAUAUUUGACAAAGUAUGACUGUUCAUCAGCUGAUUUUAAUCCUAUUGGAAGUUUAUGUAAAAGUCAUUUACGUUUAUUACUUAAUUUUGUAAUUUCAAAAUAUCAUUUUAAUUCAUUGCAAAAAAUCGUUAAUUCCCCACCAUCAGCUGAAUUAAAACCUCUGUCUGAAGGAGAGAUUUGCCAAACUGAUGAGGAAGAAAUAGGAUUAACUUAUGAUGAAUUAUCAACAAUUGGAAAACUCAGACAACCCCGAAAUAUGGGACCAUACUCAAUGUUUUUAAAAUUGAGUCAACUUUGGGGAAACAAGAUGACACAAGAAGAGGUAGCGGAUAAAGUGAAGUUAUUUUAUAGAAGAUAUGCUAUUAACAGACAUAAAAGCACAGUUCUUACCCCAUCGUAUCAUGUUACAACAUACUCAAAUGAUGAUCAUAGAAAUGAUCAUAGACCAUUCCUUUAUCCAGACUUUAAAGUGCAAUUUGACAAAAUCGAUGCUAUUUUGAAGGAGAAAACUGAAGGAAAAGUAUAA